AUGCCUAGGGAAACUACAGAAGUUAGCUGUUGUGUGAAGUAUCUUCUCUUCUUUUUCAAUGUGUUUUUCUGGGUAAGUUUUUGAAAGAAAUGUACACAUACUAUGAGAUUUGUUGACAACUAAAGCGACAUGGCUCUUUUGUGAAAUUGAAUACAAAUAAGCCAUGCACAUUGUUGAUUGCUUCGUCUAUCGUGUUUUCCAUCGUUUUCUAUCGUAGAGUUUGUUUUUGCUUCAAUUGUUUCAGGGAAAGGACAGAAUGAGUUAUUGAAGCGGCAUUUAGGUUAUUUUAUCAAUUUGACACGGAGCUGUAUUAGUAUGAAUCACAUAGGACACUACCUAAACCAUACUACUAAUGCCGUAAUUACGAAAGUAUCAAGUUAUGUCCGGUUUUGCGUGGUCAGAAACGAAUUCUCACCACAUUCAAAUAACGUAGAAUUAGCUGAGAUGGUAGAAUGGUGUGGAAAGUUUACCACUGUUGAGUUAAUUUGUUAAAAUGUUAUUUAAUAUUGUUCCAACGAAUAUUUGCGUUGUCACGUAUGUGUCGGUCAAACUUUAACACGAACAAUAUUUCUUUCCGGAAAAUUUGAUAAAAUAUAAAAUAUUUCUCACAAUUUUCACCUUAUAUCAGCAGUCCUUUUUUUGUUUGUUUUCUCCUUUCCUUAAGAAUGAUCAGUAAAUCUGAGAGUGAUCAAAUUCCAUGCUAUGUUGGGACAUGUGCAUGUGUACAAGUUCUCACUUGUCUCUUGUGAUAUUUAGAGGUGGAUUGAAAUUUUCACCUCUUAAUAUUUAUCGUGGCUAUAGCACACGAAAUUUUCAUUUGUCUUUUUUGUCUAGGGUUGUUAUAAAUUUAUCUCUUCUUGAGUCUUUGGUUAGCUUCAACUAUCCAUUGUGCAGGUCUUUGCAUGUCUUUAGUUAUCAUCCUUGUACUUAUAAAAGAGUCCCAUGGUUUAUUGCCAGCGAAAAAAGAAGCCUGUCUGAGAAUUUUCUCCAGAUAUCUUGUUUUCUUAUGGUACAGAAGUUGAGUUUGUCCAAAUUUGAAUAACAGUCAAACUCUGAACAUUCCAUGAUAAACUUUUGAAGUGUGUUGGAUAUUGGCCACAUUAAAUUUCACUUAGGAUUAUUGUAUUGCCAAUAUUACCAUCAGUUAGAAUAAAGUUCUGUACUUGAGGGCCCAGUUGUAUAAAGGGCAGAUAAUGCUAUUCCGUGGAUAAAUUGCUAUCCAGCAGAUAAGUGACAGCAAAAGGUGAAGCAUUAUUCACAGGAUAGAGAUUUAUCUAGUGGAUAGUGAUAUCUGAACCUUGAACAGCAGGGGUCAGAACAAUAUGUUUUGCAUCUUACAGGAAGUGUUGGACGUAGGAGAAAUUUGAGUCCCUAUGAGGAAUCAAACCUCAGACUUUCAGGUUCUAUACUCUAAGGUUCCAGACCGGACCAACACUCAGGGUCUUAAAAUUAACUGAGGAGAAUGUGCUGCCUUUGUAAUUAUAUCAGCAAAUGGUUAGACAUUCAAGUCUUCUCGGAUAAGGACUAUAAACCGUAGGCCCCGUCUCCUGCAUCUUCAGUGUUACAUGGUCAGCAGGGGACGUUAAAGAACCCACACAUUUGUCGAAAAGAGUAGGGCACGUAGUUCCCGGUGUGGUGGUCUAUCUGUUGUUUCAUUGUACAUUUCAUGCAUGGGUUGGGUGGGUGAGUGAGAUCAAAUAUGAACUGAUAGUGGCAGCCAGAGGCGCCUUUACAAGCUGACGUUCGAUCUCACUCAAUUAGAAUUGUAAACCGCCUUGAGACAGUAUGUGAUAUGUGCGGUAUAUAAAUACGUUCAUUCAUUCAUUCAUUCAAUAUACAGCCAAAGAAAACUAAAAUUUCUACUAAUCAAACUAUAUAAGUUAUAUUACUUAUCUAAUAAAUUGUUUUUUUAUCAUAUAUGUAGCUGAUUGGAGGCCUUACAACUGCUGUUGGCCUCUAUGCACGAUUUGAAAAGACCAGAUAUCAAGGCUUCUUUAAUGACAUUGUUAUGGACCCAGCCUUUGCACUGAUCAUAACUGGAGGGAUCAUGUUUAUCCUUGGAUUCACUGGUUGCAUCGGUGCUUUGAGAGAAAAUGUUUGCCUUCUGAAGUUUGUAAGCUUAUGUUGUCUCCAGUCUGUAUCUGCUACAGUGUAGUCUAGACAUAACUUUUGAAACAGGGAAAUUGUGUGUUUAUUAAAUCAACUAAGCUAGGUUGAGCCUGGCUAACUGAACCAUCCUAUUCCCAUUCUGUCAGUUUUCAGAGCUUCUCAAGUAUGGCACCAAAUAUGGAUUUCCGCCAUUUAUAAGGCAUUUUAACUUUUCUUGUUGUCAUCCAAGAUUUUAUUUCUAAGAUUUGUCCAGCCACAUUGAUGGCCAUAGAUCCAUUAUUUACAACUGGCACUUAUCAUGUAUUUAAAACAGGUGUCUGUAGUUUAAGUCAUUUACUUCAAUCUCAGAACAUUACGUGUACCUUUCUAUGGUAGUAUGGUAUUAAUUCCAUCUAUUGAUCUAUAUUUUUUCUUUUCAGUUUUCAAUUGUCCUGGCAAUCAUAUUCUUCCUUGAAUUAUCUCUGGGAAUUUUUGUCUUUGUGUUUCAAGAUAAGGUAAGUUUUGUUUUUUAUUUAAGGGGAAGAGAAGGGGAUUUAAAAAUCACUAUAUUCAUUCAUUUUGUCAGUUUAUUUUAUUCUAGAGAACAACUACUGUCAACUUCUUGGCAUGCAUGCAAUAUUGUGGGUGCCACCAAGUUCUUUAAGAUGAUAACUGUAGAAAUUGGUUCCUUGACUGAAGAUCAGUUUGUUUGUUGAAUUUCAGGUUGAAGGUAUUGUAAAGAAGAAAAUAGAUGAAACCAUUGAGAGUUACAGGGACAAUGUGGAUCUACAGAGUUUUAUUGAUGGAAUUCAACAAGAGGUUUUUGUGAUUUUGAUCCAAUACUCAUAUUAACAAGUAACAUGUAGAUAUUUAUGUUGCUUUUUUUCUUUUUUUUAACAAUGAUCAGCCAACUUAAUGAAGAAAAGCUGUGAGUCAUGAUUUAUUGAAAUUGAAAUGAGAAGCUUUGAUCUAUACUCUAUAACUAAUUAAAAGGCCUCAUACAGAUUUUGCAUGUUCUGAAUUUGUUUAUUUCGUGUUGCAGUUCAAGUGUUGUGGUGGAGAAACUUACAAUGACUGGCAAAGAAACAUAUACUUUAACUGUUCCUCUCCAGGUGCAGAGGCUUGUGGUGUACCAUUUUCAUGUUGUCAUGAGGUCAGUCAUACACAGGUGUACAUGCAUUUAUACAGAGCUUACCUGGUGUUGUCAUGAGGUCAGUCAUACACAGGUGUACAUGCAUUUAUACAGAGCUUACCUCGUGUUGUCAUGAGGUCAGUCAUACACAGGUGUACAUGCAUUUAUACAGAGCUUACCUGGUGUUGUCAUGACAUCAGUCAUACACAGGUGUACAUGCAUUUAUACAGAGUUUACCUCAUGUUGUCAUGAGGUCAGUCAUACACAGGUGUACAUGCAUUUAUACAGAGCUUACCUGGUGUUGUCAUGACAUCAGUCAUACACAGGUGUACAUGCAUUUAUACAGAGCUUACCUCAUGUUGUCAUGACAUCAGUCAUACACAGGUGUACAUGCAUUUAUACAGAGCGUACCAUAGUCACAUGGAGUACCUAUCAAGUUUGUCUCUCUUGUUAGUGAAUAAAGUGUCACUGACAACAAGGAGCUCAGUUAUAGAACAAAAUUUCAGAUAGAAUUCAUGUAGAUAAUCCACAAGCAUAUGGAAAUGAAAAAAAUGAAUUGUAACUAUAGAGAAACAUUUUUUUCUCUGUACGUUGACUCCAGGGAAACAUUCACCCAUGAAAGGUACUAAAAAUAGUUUGGAGGACUUGAAUUUUAUUGCUAUAAGGUGUCUAUCCAGCCACAUUGAAAAGUAGCUCUUCUUUGGGCAUUAAAUUUCUAUCAAAUAUACUGCCCAUCAACAAGGUCAGAGGCUUUUGUUGUAUCCACUAAAGUGUACAUGUACUUAUGUCGAAGAGUUUAUUUUCUUACAGGAUACCCUAAACACACAGUGUGGAUAUAAGAUCAGAAAACCUGCAUAUACUGUAAGUUAACCCUUUAACCCCUAAUAGUGACUGGCAUCUAAUUUCUCCUCACCAUAUCACCCCUGAAUCAAACACUAAGGUUAGGAGAAUAAAGGAACUGAUCACUAACCAAAGAAGCUCUUGAUUGUUAUACAAAUUCUCCUUGUCAGCACCUUAGGAAAUGUUUAGGGAACUAUAUGGAGAAUAUGCAUACUGAUGUUAGGAUGUAAAGGGUUAAUUGUCUUUUUGCUGUCUAUCUUGCUUAACGGAUGAUAGUCUACUAGCUAAUAAAAGUAACAAAACUUUAGGAUAUAGGAAGGUGAACUUGUUACAAUUUUGAGACAAAAGAAAAUAUAAUCUUUUGAAUUCCACCCUUGUAGUGGUAUUCCAAUUCUCUACCACCAAUUUGCUUGAAGGAGGAUUGUAUGCUUUGUCCUGAUACAGAAUUUUCAUUACACUUGUAAUUGAAGUAUGCAAUGUAUGUGCCAUGAAAUGGAACAAAUGGUAUCGUUAAAGUAAUUAUGCACUCUGGUUAACAAUGGAAUUUUCUAAUUAAAUUUUUGAAACAGUAAUGCACAUUCUGUGAUACUUAAUUUAUGUUUUUUAACCAUGUCAACUCUAUAUAAUAAUCUCAAGCUUUUUUUAUUAGGAUGCUUUAGUUCCCAGUUAUUUUAAAAAGACAUUACAAAUGCUAAAAAAUAAUACAUUUAGCCUCAUUUUCAGCUCUCAUGUCAACAUUCAACAUCAGUUGAACUGAAUGGUGUUAUGUUUGGUAUGUAUCACUAACGAGAAAGAUUCCACUAACAGGUCUAUUUUUUGAUUCAGGAUACAGAAAGGAGUAAGGUCAUUUACAUCAAAGGCUGUAUUGCAGCAGUCAGAGACUGGUUUAAGGAGAACUUAAUAAUAAUCGGUGGGAUUGCAGUUGGUUUGGCCCUAGUGCAGGUGAGUUCUUUAAAAUUGUCUGUUAAUAAUUGAGUUGUGGUAUGCAUUAUGGAGCUACAGUACAGACCUGGGAGAAGGAGAAUGACUUUGUGCAAUCAUGUUCACAGCUUUUGCCAAGAAUCUUGUAUGGAAUUAUAGAGCAUUGACAAAAGUGUCUAAUUUAUUUGCACAUUUUUGUCGCAGAUUAUGGGAAUUUGUUUUGCAAACAGCCUUAUAACAGAUAUAAAGAUGCAGAAGUCCAGAUGGGACAGGGACUACUACAACUGA